AUGGCCACCUACGCUCUGUCGCAGGCCCACCGGGACCAAAUGGAGAAGACUCUCGUUGAGUCUGAUCCCGAAAUUGCUCAGAUCAUGGAAAAAGAGAUUCAGCGUCAGCGUGAAUCCAUAGUCCUGAUCGCUUCGGAGAACUUCACUUCUCACGCCGUUUUCGACGCCCUUGGUUCUCCCAUGUCCAACAAGUACUCCGAGGGUUACCCCGGUGCCCGUUACUACGGUGGUAAUCAGCACAUCGAUGCCAUCGAGCUCACAUGCCAGGCCCGUGCCCUGAAGGCCUUCAACCUCGACCCUGCCAAGUGGGGCGUCAACGUUCAGUGCCUGAGUGGCAGCCCUGCCAACUUGCAGGUCUACCAGGCUCUUAUGCGCCCCCAUGACCGUCUGAUGGGUCUGGAUCUUCCCCACGGAGGCCAUCUGUCCCACGGUUAUCAGACCCCCGCCAGAAAGAUCUCUGCUGUCUCUACUUACUUCGAGACCUUCCCCUACCGUGUCAACCUUGAGACUGGUAUCAUUGAUUACGAUGCCCUGGAGGCCAACGCUGAGCUCUACCGCCCCAAGUGUCUGGUUGCCGGUACCUCCGCCUACUGCCGCUUGAUCGACUAUGAGCGCAUGCGCAAGAUCGCUGACAAGGUCGGCGCUUACCUCAUUGUUGAUAUGGCCCAUAUCUCCGGAUUGAUCGCCGCCGGUGUCAUUCCUUCUCCCUUCGAGUACGCCGAUGUUGUCACUACCACCACCCACAAGUCUCUUCGUGGCCCCCGUGGUGCCAUGAUCUUCUUCCGCAAGGGUGUGCGCAGCACUGACAAGACCGGAAAGGAGAUUCUUUACGACCUUGAGGGUCCUAUCAACUUCUCCGUUUUCCCUGGUCACCAGGGUGGUCCCCACAACCACACCAUCACUGCCCUUGCUGUUGCUCUCAAGCAGGUUGACACUCCCGAGUUCAAGCAGUACCAGCAGCAGGUCCUGAACAACGCCAAGGCUCUGGAGAACGAGUUCAAGCAGCUGGGCCACAAGCUCGUCUCUGACGGCACUGACAGCCACAUGGUCCUGGUCGACCUCCGUGCUCAGAAGUUGGACGGUGCUCGUGUUGAGGCUGUCCUGGAGCAGAUCAACAUUGCUUGCAACAAGAACUCCAUCCCUGGUGACAAGUCUGCCCUUACCCCCUGUGGUAUCCGUAUCGGUGCUCCUGCCAUGACCACCCGUGGUAUGGGUGAGGAGGACUUCAAGCGCAUCGCUCACUACAUCGACAAGGCCAUCAAGAUCUGCAAGGAUGUUCAGGGUGCGCUCCCCAAGGAGGCCAACAAGCUCAAGGACUUCAAGGCCAAGGUUGCCUCCGAGACCGUCUCGGACAUCCUGGAGCUGCGCAAGGAGAUUGCCGCCUGGGCUUCCACCUUCCCUCUCCCCGUUUAA